AUGGGCACCACGGAAGCCACGCUGCGGAUGGAAAACGUGGAGGUCAAGGAGGAGUGGCAGGACGAAGACUUCCCCAGGCCCCUCCCGGAGGAAGCAGGAAUGGAGAACUUGGGAAGCCCAUCGGAGAACGUGUUGGCUCCCCCGAGCUCCUUACAUUUUACUAACGGGGCUCGCCACAAGCGGAAAACCCUGGUAGCUCCGGAAAUCAACAUCUCUUUCGACCAGAGCGAAGGGUCCCUCCUGUCCGACGAUUUCCUGGACACACCAGACGACCUGGAUAUAAAUGUGGAUGACAUCGAAACUCCAGAUGAGACGGAUUCCCUGGAAUUCCUGGGAAAUGGGAACGAACUGGAAUGGGAGGAUGACACUCCCGUGGCCACCGCCAAAAACAUGCCCGGAGACAGUGCAGACCUAUUUGGAGAUGGAGGCGGGGAAGACGGUGGUGCCCCCAACGGCCGUCUGUGGAGGACGGUCAUUAUCGGGGAGCAGGAACACCGCAUCGACCUGCAGAUGAUCAAGCCGUAUAUGAAGGUGGUAACUCAUGGAGGUUAUUACGGGGAAGGCCUCAACGCCAUCAUUGUCUUCGCGGCUUGUUACUUGCCAGACAGCAAUCUGCCUGACUACCAUUACAUCAUGGAGAACCUCUUCCUAUACGUGAUCAGCAGUUUGGAGCUGCUGGUGGCCGAAGACUACAUGAUUGUGUAUUUGAACGGCGCCACUCCACGGAGGAGAAUGCCGGGCAUCGGCUGGUUGAAAAAGUGCUACCAGAUGAUUGACAGACGGCUACGAAAAAACCUGAAAGCGUUGAUAAUCGUUCACCCUUCCUGGUUCAUUCGGACGGUGCUGGCGAUAUCUCGGCCGUUCAUCAGUGUGAAAUUCAUCAGCAAAAUCCAGUACGUUCACACCUUGGAGGAACUGGCUCACACGAUUCCCAUGGAGCACGUCCAGAUUCCCGACGGCAUCUUGCAGUUCGAAGAUGAGCGGAACCAGGCCAGGAAAGAGCGGUACGUGUCCUUCCUUUGUGGAAAGACUCUCCUGAGCCUGAGAUAUGUCUUGCUCUACGCUGAAAUUUGGUAG